GCCCAUGGCCCCCCGGCCCCUGUCCGUGCUGCUGCCCCUGCUGCUCUGCCUGGCCGGGCUGGUGGGCAUCCUGCUCCUCUGCAUCCCCACCAAGGACCUCCAAGAGCCGCCCACCUACAAGUACGGCAUCGUCCUGGACGCCGGCUCUUCACACACCGCCAUGUUCGUCUACAAGUGGCCCGCGGACAAGGAGAACGACACGGGCAUCGUCAGCCAGCACAGCGCCUGCGAUGUGAAGGGAGGUGGGAUCUCCAGUUACGAGCAUCACCCGUUCCUGGCGGGCCGGAGCCUGCUGGAUUGCCUCAACCAGGCUAUAAGAGACGUGCCCAAAGACAGACACGCCGUCACCCCGCUCUACCUGGGAGCCACUGCAGGCAUGCGCCUGCUGCACCUGUCCAACCCCGCCGCGUCGGAGGCCGUCCUGGAUUCGGUGACCCAGACCUUGAGGGAUUUCCCGUUUGACUUCCGGGGGGCCAAGAUCCUGUCCGGCGAGGAUGAGGGAGUGUUUGGCUGGGUCACUGCCAACUACCUCCUAGAAAACUUUAUCAAGUACGGCUGGAUCGGGCAGUGGGUCCGUCCCAAGCGAGGGACCGUGGGCGCCAUGGACCUGGGCGGCGCUUCCACGCAGAUCACGUUCGAGACGGAGGGUCCCCUGGAAGAGCCGGCCCGCGAGGUGAAGCUAAGGCUCUACGGCCACCCCUACACCGUCUAUACCAACAGUUUCCUCUGCUAUGGACGGGACCAGAUGCUCAAGAGGCUGAUGGCCAGAGUCCUCCAGACGGAGAGGGUCCACCCGUGCUGGCCCAAAGGCUACAGCGCCCCGGUGAACAUGGGGGAAGCCUACGAGUCGCCCUGCACGGCGCCGGAGCGGCCCAGGAGCUACGAAGCCAACGCCUCGGUGACGCUGAGAGGCGCCGGGAAUCCCGGGCUGUGCCGCGUCCGGGUGGCCAGCCUCUUCAACUUCUCCGCCUGCCCCUACUCCCGCUGCUCCUUCGACGGCGUCUUCCAGCCGGCCGUGACGGGAGGCUUCAUCGCCUUUUCCGCCUUUUACUACACGGUGGACUUCCUGCGUUCAGGGAUGGAGCUUCCCGUGAGGACGCCGGAGGAACUCGAGGCGGCGGCCAACACCGUCUGCAACCAGACUUGGAACGAGCUGCUGGAGAAGGCGCCAAGGGAGCAGAAGCGUUUGCGAGAUUACUGUGCGGGCGCCAUGUUUGUCCACCAGCUCAUCACCAAGGCCUACAGGUUUGACCAGAAGACGUUUCCCAACAUCAUCUUCCAGAAGAAGGCCGGAGAAACGUCCAUCGGCUGGGCUCUCGGCUACAUGCUCAACCUGACCAACAUGAUCCCGGCUGACCAGGGCGGCUUCCGCAAGGGCUCGGACUACAGCUCCUGGGUGGUCCUCAACCUGCUCUUCGUGCUGGUCAUCCUAUCCGCGGUGCUCAUGCUGUGCUGCCUGCUCCCGCCCUCCAAGGAGCAGAGUGCCAUCUAGACACCAGGCCGGACUCUGGCUCCGGGGACCGAGGACCGUCCUCCAAGGCCCCAUCGCCACCGGGGCCUUGCUUCCGGGCCCGCCCGCUGCCUCCUAAAUUCACCGAGCCAGCCCCAGGCUAGAGGUCCUCCUCCCUCCUUCCUCUCCCCCACCCCUCUCCUCCUCCUCUUUCUCAUUCAUUCAUUCAAUCAUA